UUGCUUUCGCCAGGAUGUACCAAGAUGUACACAAACGUUUUGUAAUCGCCACGUUACUGUUAUUGAGAAAGCAGACGACAAAUUUCGAGCAUGAUUCAAUAAGUUAAUUUCAUAGAUUUCAACUUUGAAGUUAAUUAGUAAUAGUACGCAAAUAAGAGAGAGAGUGUGUGGCUGCUUUGCCAAGACCUUCCCGCCUCUCUUGCACACUGGGGUUUUAAAUACACACAUUAUUAUGGCGAAGCAGCCGGCCUCAAGCUAUAGCUUCAGUACAACACGGCACAGUUUGGUGUGGUGGCAUUUGCAUACAGCUGUUUCAGUUGCAUCUUUUGUUCGCUUGUAUUUUUCGAAAAUGUCUAGUCAUUCUGGGUAAACCCAGAAGAGAAAAUCUAAACCCUCAGUUGGAACGAGGCAGCCGUGAUCAACUGAAGCAGCCUUCUCACCGUCACCUUUGGCGCGACUUGAGAAGCUUAUUGAAAUGCCGGAACACGAUCUCGAGAGUGGCACAGAGAGGACGAGUCUGGUUCGAGACCAAGUGAGAACGACCUGGAGGGAUUCAAGCUGCUGCGGAGCUUUGUGUUUCAUAAGUCUCCUGCUUGGCAUUGGUUUUGUCAUCACCAUGUUUUUGAUGGCAAGCGGAAUACCUGCUAUAAUCUUCCUUCGUUACGUACCGGAUCCAUACAAGUGGUUGAUGAUCAUCUUUGUGCCCCUGAUCGCACUUGUAUGGUUCUUUGCAGGCAAUAUCUGCGUGUACAUAAUUUACAACAAGUUCAAUAAGACGAACCGCACUGCUGAAAACUACUGUGACCCGGGCCUCUACUACUUCACCUUCGUUGCCAACGUUUUUGGAUACAUCGCCAUCAUACUUGGUUUAGUUUACGGGGUGGUUUAUCUCUGUCGGAAGAAUGAGUAGCAGGGCUAUAGCCCUUUCUAAGGGUAUUUUUUGGCGUUUGUUCUGAUUACGAUUUCUCGAAGAUUGAUUUACAAAUGGAGUAACAACAACAUCUAGUAAUUUUAGUAACAUUAUGUCAGUUGCAUAAUAUGUAGUAUUAAAGAGAAGAUAGUUCCUAAAAUUGUUCUUGUCAGGGAAUUUUCUAAACAGUGGACAUAGUUCCUUCUAUAAUCUAGAAAUUCUUGCCGUCAACAGAACGAAUUUGUACAGAAAAAAACAAUUUAUUCAUCUCUCGUUAGUCGGCUUUCGUGAGUUAUGGUCGAGUAGACAAAGGGAGGCUGCUCUGUUUUCACACACCUUCCCUUAGUGACCUCCCUUACUCUAUUGAUUAUUUUUUUUUAAAGAUAUACGUUAGAAAAUAAUUAUAGUUGAAUACUUAUUUUGGUAAUAAAGAGUUAAAUGUAUCGAUUUCUUGACAAAUUGUUUUUGUACACUAUUUCGUGUAAAAUUUAAUAUAAAAAGCGCUGUAAUGUUCGCCACGUUAUACAUAAUAAGCAACACACACAACACACUGGACGACUGAGGUACAUGCUUUGUAUAUAGCAUGUAGACAUGUUGAUCUGAGUUCAUUUCAUAGAUUUCAACUUCGAAGUUCCUUUGAUCGCAUUACACGUUUCCCUAUAUUCGUCUGACUUCCCUAAUGGGGCCCAUCAAAUGCCUACCGGUCUGGCAGACUGGGAAGGAUUUACCUCACUGUAUAGUGCUACACACCGCUGGCGUGAAGUUGCUCUCACCGACUGUUUAUACAAACACACACAUGGAGCCAGCGACGAAAGUAAUAACAGAGCUAACUUCAGAGCUAACACUGAGCAGCAUGGAGUUCGUGACAGCACAAGAAAUGAGUUCAUGACUCCAGUGAGAGUUGGAAUUUUACCAUAAAGGGUUCUGGUGUUACCCGAAAAAUGUCUCUUCGCCUAACAG